CUGUGGAGCACUGCCGCUUUACAGAUAUUCUACUCGACUGGUCCUGCUUGGGGUGGCCUUAUAACCAUGUCCUCCUACAACAAAGUGAACGACAAAUUCAACAGGAUAGCAGUUCUGCUGCCAAUUAUUGGUGGUGCUACAAGUAUCUACGGUGGCGUAGCCAUAUUUUCGGUGAUAGGACACAUGGUGCACUCCAUGGGCAGUACCGAUGUGGCCGCAGUGAUGCAGUCGGGUCCGGGACUGGCCUUUGUGGCCUACCCAGAAGCGCUGGCCAAGCUGCCCGGUGGAUCAUUUUGGGCCGUCCUAUUCUUCAUCAUGCUCUUCACUCUCGGGCUCGAUAGUCAGGUAAAUCGAACCGACUAA